GAAAACAUAAGAUAUUUUACAAAAAGAGAGAAAUCCAAUUGAAUAAUAAAUGUGAAAAAUAUCAUUUAACUUAAAAAUUAGAAUAGUGUAGAUUUCAAUUACAAGAUGGUUUUCUGCUCUUAGGCUUAUCUAGCAAUUUGUAAAUAGAUGAAGCAAUAUUUUAUCUUUACCUUUCAGACUAUAAAGGCUUUUCAUGAUAGCGACAACUCAAUACUAUAUUAAAAUUGAUUUAAUACUAGUUUUGGGGUCAGACGUAUUACUUAGAUUAGUGUUGAUAUUUAAGAUGGAUUUUAUCGACUUUUUUGUCUUUAAGUGGGAAUCUUCUUAUUAAUUGUCCUUAGAUUUAUUUUAUUUAGAUCCUUAGACACAG